AGUCCCAAACACUAUCAACUCUCUUUCUUCUUCUUCUCAUUGUGUGCUAAUUCUGAUUCUCCACGCCUCUAUGGAAGAUGAGGAUAGUUAUGUUCCAGUGGAAGAUCAGAACUUUUAUAAGGACUAUAGUCCCCGAAGGACCUUCUCGCCGGAGAUUGUGGAGCUAGGAGGGGAUAUCACAAGUACUAGGGGUGCCACUGCAGGAAGCACUAGCAGAGACAUUGUCGGUGUCAAUGAUGUUUAUGCGGCUGUUGGUAAAGAUGAUACUGAUGUUCUGAAAUGGGUGCUCGGUAAUGCUGUUUUGCCUGGUUCUCGCGUUUUUCUUGUCCAUGUCUUCCCUCCAAUCACCCACAUCCCUACACCAGUUGGAAGAUUAUCAACGAGCCAUUUAAGUGAAGAUCAAGUGAGAUUUUACUUCAAUGAAGAGAAUAAUAAGAGGAGAAAUUUCUUGCAGAAAUACGUCUGUUUAUGCAACGAUGCUAAGGUAAUGGUGGACACAAUGCUACUGGAGAGCAGCGACAGAGCAAAAGCAAUCACCGAGCUCAUUCCUGUUCUUCGGAUUACUCACCUAGUCAUAGGAACAAAAAGACCAACUUGGAAGAAGAAAAAAUCGUCACUAGGAGAAUUUGUUAGGAAAAAUGCACCCGAGUAUUGUGAUGUUAGCAUCGUUCAUGAAGGCAAUAAGGUCAUAGUUGAUGAACAAAUAAAUACUUCGCAGAGGCGUCCCCAAUGCGAAAGAAGCAUCUACGAGUGGGCAUGCUUUCCAGUGCGUGGAAAACAUCCCUGGAUGUCUUAAGCAGCAGCAGCAAUGGCGGCCACAUUGCCACGGUUACUUGAAACAAACGCUUUGAUGGAUUAUGGACAAGGAAAGCCAGAAAGGGAUCAAAUUUAUGAGAGAUUAUCAAUAUAUCAGCUAGAGGAUGCAGUUUGUAGUACUCAUGUAGUCAUGUUAAAUUAAUAAUCUCUCUCUUUGGUUAUUGUACCAACAAUUAGAGUUGAGGAACAAGAAGACUGACUAUGGAAGAAUUCAGAGCACAAUGUCAAGUUUAGAAGCAAUCUCACAUGCCAAGCAUCGAAUGGACGUCGACCAUUGCAUAAUGUAUUAUUGAUGUAUUGGUUGAUGAAGUUAAAAUGGUGCAAAAAUUACAAGUUAUCAAUUCCUAAGCGAUUUCAUUAGCUCAAUGGAACUACGUACUGCUUCUCCCUCAUUGAAGAGUUUGAAUAAUUGAGCAAGAAAAGUGGCGACUUUGGGUUUGACAAUCAAAUUUGGUUUUGAGGAUUGCUAUGAAGUCCUUAAUUUAUCUGUUUAAGAUUUGAGAAUUUAGUUGGAAUGAGGAGUUGAAAUCUAGUCGUGUUGACGCAUUAUGAUU